CUCCACCAUUAGUAACUUCAUUUUUCUUCUUCUUCCAAUUUUUCCUUUGCAAUACGCCAAUCACUCUACAACAUCCUAACAUACCCACCUAGUCAACACACUCUACGAUAAACUCACCUCACUAGAUCCCUCUACAAACCUAGAACUUCUCACAAACCAUCAAACUGAACAAUGACCUCCCCCACCACCAACAACAACAGCCUAGACGACAUCUUCGGCUCCUCCCCACCUCACGACGACAUCCCAGCCCACACAAAAACAACCACCACAUCCCAACCCGAACCCUCCGAACUGCCCUCCCUGCGCCGUCAACACGUAACAGCCGGCUAUCGCGAUGGCGUCUCCGCCUCGAAAACCGAACACGUCCAAUCCGGCUUCGAUGCGGGCUUCCCCGUCGGCGCCCAACUGGGCAUGCGAGCGGGGACAAUCCUCGGUAUUCUCGAGGGUGUGAUCCGCGGGUACGAAUCUCGGGCUUCGUCGGCAGUUGUCAAGAAGCCUGGUGCUAUGCGCGGUGCUGGUGGUGGUGGCGCGUCGUCAUCAUCUUCAACGGAGAACGAGGAGGCGGUAAAGAGCAGGAUGGAGAAGAGGGAGAAGAUUCUCAAGCUCUACCAAGCUGCUAUCAAGGAAUUGGAUGUGCGGACAGUCUUCGCCGGCUUAGAUGGUACAUCUGAGGAAUUGAAACCGGAGGAGCGACUCCGGGGUCUUGGAAAUAAGGCUAUUUCUACCUGGGAGGAGAAAGUGAACGUUGCGCGUUGGGAGGAGAUCAUGGACGCGCUUGAGAUGAAAGACACCACCACCACCGCACCGACCAGACCACAAGAGAAGGAGCAAGAACAGGAACAGGAACAGGAACAGGAACAGGAACAAAGCUGAGCCCGAUGUACGGAAUCACCAGACUUACAGAAGUUACAGUGACCUCAUACGUUCUCCUUCUACCCAGAAUCCCUAUUUCUUGGCGGGUGUCUCACCUGCCGAGUACUUUCUGGCCCUCCUCCCCUUGCUGGUGGGAAGGGGAAUUCUUUUUUGGAAAUUCACUUCCCCUGGCCCGGUCCGCGGAUAGGUUCGCUCCCCGUUUCGUGCUGCUGCAGGGGUCUUUUGU